AUAAAAAAUCGUAUUUAUAUCAUAAUGUUUCUUUUACAGUUUGUGAAUAUUAUGCGCAUCUUGAGUGCCAAGAUUUUGCUGUACCUGAUUGUACAGAAAAUGCCACCUAUGUACCAGGCAAGGAAUUAUUAAAUGUUAAACAUCAACAUCACUGGCGAGAAGGCAAUCUACCGUCAAAUUCAAAAUGUGUUUAUUGCAAAAAGACCUGUUGGUCCUCCGAGUGUCUAACAGGUUAUCGUUGCGAAUGGUGUGGUUUGACCACACACGCUGGAUGUCGCAUGUACCUGCCAACCGAAUGUACUUUCGGUUGUUUACAACCGAUUUAUUUACCUCCGCAUUGUGUUUCAAUUCCACGAACCGAGGUGCCAAUUAAAGAAAUAAUGGGUGUUAGAAAAACCGAAUCCGAAUCAAAUUUAGUUCGUGAAUAUUCGUGCCGUAAGUAGAACUAUGCAUUUGUUUUUGUAACACAAAAUAUUGUGACACGAAGCCUUAAAUAAUCAACAAUUUAAUAAUUAUAUUGAUGUGAAAACAAAUUCGUUGUAAUCAUGAACAGCAAAAUCAAAACCAACAAACACAAAUCAAAUUCAUUAUCACCCUAAUCACGGACACUUCUUUUGAAUAAUAAUAAUAAAAACAAUAAUUUUUUCUUUUAAUACAAUUUUAACUCUUUUUUUAAUCAGAAUAAACAUUCAUCACCAUUAAAAUUAUUUUCUAAAACAAGUAUUUUUUAGAAUUUUCGAUGCCUGUGUUCUAUUUUUUGUCUAAAUUGAUGUUGUAGAAAUUAAAACGCCCUGAAGCAAUUACAUCCAUACUUCAUAAAUUUCAUAAUUACUAAAUUUUAAUCAUUACAUGUUUACACUCAUUU